CUCAGAAACCGGCUUAACCAACUAAGGCAGCAGAACAUCUACAGGCAAGUUAAAACAACUGCUGACAGCCAUACUCCUCAUCAGGACAUGGGAUUAUCAAGCAGCAAGUCUUAGGCAGAAUAACGAGACAGCUAAAGGACCUUCCAGCAGCACCAGCAGCUUUACCCGAAGCCCUCACUGAGCAACAGCCACUCUGGAGCAGCAGGGAGGAUGUUCCUAUGGGCUGGAGCCAAAGGCGGCGCUCAAAGAUCGGGACAUGAGGGAAGGACAAUUUACCAAAAGAUCCGCGAGUAUGACGUCUUGGACAAGAGGAAGACGGUGACGGCUCUAAAGGCAGGAGAGGACCGAGCCAUCCUGCUGGGCCUGAGCAUGAUCCUGUUCUCCGUGAUGAUGUACUUCGUCCUGGGCAUUACUAUGGUGCGCUCUUACUCAGACAGUGUGUGGACGGAGGAGUCCAGCUGCACCGUGCUCAACUCUACUGUCGUGGCCGAGAUUAACUGCACCUACAGCUGCGGCUCCGAGUGCUGGAAGAGUUCCAGGUAUCCAUGCCUACAGGUGUUCGUCAGUCUCAACACAUCCGGCCGAGUGCUCCGGCUGUCCCACAAUGAGGAGGCACAGGACGCCAACCCCGAGUGUUUCUAUGUUCCCAAGUGCCGUAAGGACCACUCCACCAUGUACACCAUGGUCCUGAACAUCUCGGAGAGACUGAAGCUGCACCAGCAGGUGCCCUGCUACCACGACCCGGCGGAGCGGCAGGACUCGGUGCUGCUGACCCGCCUCUACGGGCGCGGAGCCGUCUUCCACUCCCUCUUCUGGCCCACGUGCAUGCUGGUCGGGGGCACGCUCAUCAUCGCCAUGGUGAAACUCACGCAGUACCUGUCCAUACUGUGCGAGCAAAUCAGUCGGAUCAAAAGGCUUGGUCUCUCCCUCUUCGAGGCAGCACGCCACAGGGACAGAGUUGCUUCCGUUUCCAGGCAGAGACGCAGUGCACCGGUCCUGGAUACGGUGUGACAACUGCUUGCAGUGUCCAGGGCAGAGUUGACCCUCCAAAUCAACACUCUUCAGAGAAACAUGCCCCCCUCCCCCAACGUUCCCAAAAACAUCCAAGCACCUCCAUCCAGCCUGUUUUGUUUGAACACUUCCAUAAACAAUGCAUUCACAUCAGUUGAUACAUACACUGUGUGUGUGUGUGUGUGUGUGUGUGUGUGUGUGUUUGUGUUUGUGUCUGAGUGUGUCUGUGUGUAAAUGUGUGUGUGUCUGUGUGUAAAUGUGUGUGUAUGUUUGUGCAUCUGUGCACUGCCCUUGACCACAUGGCAAAACUCGCCCAUCUAUUCAGGUUGUGUUGACAUAGUGAAGAUCUUUUGUCCAAGACACAGUACAUGAAAGGGCACCCAGAGAAAUGCCUUUCCAAUCUAGUCCUUUUGACUUGUCCCUCGGAAACAUGUGGGUGGGUGGAAGAGGGGAGUGGGAUUUUCCCAACAAAGAUUGGAUGGAGUCCAAUUGUAUACCGAAGAGCAAAGGUCGACACCAGUGGCCAAAUUGUGCCGUUCUGUUGACGUAUGUUCCCUGUCUGGAUGCACAGAAACCUCAUUCCAAGACAACACUGUGGGAUACCGGCUAAAGUGGAAUCAUGCUUCCUUCUAGACAAUGUGGUGUAACUGUGAGCAAUCGUAGUUGUCUGGGUGGCGACUCUAGACAAAUUCCAGUGAUUCCGUGCUGUGUGCUCUCUUUUCUCUCUUUCCUGACUGGCGGGGGUUGCGACAUGACACACAUCUUGUGCUCAUAAGCAUGCAUUUCCUUAAAGGUAAUCUGUAGUUGGAAAGAGUUGCUAAACUGAUGCAUAUUUUAUUAAAUCAACUCCUGUGCAUCCUGACCAAAGCACUGCAUCUUCAUAAGUUAACCAUUGGUUGCAUUAUUGCUUCCAUAGUAGCAAUCAUCAGUUGCAGUCAGUCGUUCAAAAUGGAUGCUGAAUCAUCUGUUUUACAUGAAGCAGUUCUUGCUGUAUGGCAAAUUAAUAAUAAAAAAAACC